AUGUCAUCACGACACCUCGCGCUAAGCUCCGCGCUGCGCACCUGCUCCCGUGCUCCAGCUUCAACUUCAGUCAAAGCUCCCCUCCGAACAGCCCGCCUCAGCACCGCCUCGCGUACAGCUGUAGCUUCGCGAAGCUUGGCUUACACGCAAACAUCGCCCGCAACAUCCACGGGACCGAAGCGACCGCAAGCCACGAUAUCGCGAACUACAACUGUCACACACAGUGCGACGGCGGGGGUCCGGUGGUCGUCGGAGUCGGCAACGGGGAGCACGAUCUGGACCUUCGAGGAGAUCCAAGACCUAACCAACUCCCCCUCCUCCACCAACAAACCCCAAGCAAAAGCAAUCCUAAUCGACACGCGCGAGCCCGGCGAACUAAAACAGACGGGCCGGAUCCCGGGCAGCGUCAACGUCCCGAUCACGACGUCGCCGGACAGCUUCCACAUCCCGGCCGACGAGUUCGAGGACCGGUUCGGGUUUGAGCGGCCCGCGCCCGGGACCGACGUUGAGCUCGUCUUCUACUGCAAGGCCGGCGUGCGCAGCCGGGCCGCCGCCGCCAUCGCGCGCGACGCCGGCUGGAAGCGCGUCGGCGAGUACCCCGGGAGCUGGGUCGAGUGGAGUGGGAAGGGGGGCAAGGUCGAGCGGUGA